UAUAUCAAUCAAGAUUGGCUCUUUAAUCCAUUCAUCAAUGAUUUAUUAAAAGCCAUCCCUUUCUGGAUUUUGUGGGUGUUAUUCCAACUAGGGAAAGAGAAAUCAAAUAGACCCUAAAUCCCACACCCAUAUUUCUCUCUCUCUCUCUCUCUCUCUCUCUCUCUCUCUCUCUCUCCUCAAUCGAAAGGAUCCAAUAAUAAGUUGAUUGUCUUCAACAUCUAAACUACCAGCAAAAACUACUUGCGUGCAGUUGCCAACUGAUCCUAGUAUUGUACUUAUAUUUGGCUAUGGCAACUAAUGAAAAUCUCCCACCAAACGUGAUAAAACAAUUGGCAAAGGAAUUGAAAAAUCUUGACGAAACUCCUCCCGAAGGCAUCAAAGUAGGUGUAAACGAUGAUGAUUUUUCAACCAUAUAUGCUGAUAUCGAGGGCCCAGCUGGGACUCCCUAUGAGAACGGGGUUUUCCGCAUGAAAUUGAUUUUGACACACGAUUUCCCUCAUUCCCCACCCAAAGGUUAUUUUCUAACCAGGAUUUUUCAUCCCAACAUUGCUUCCAAUGGUGAAAUUUGUGUCAAUGCUCUGAAAAAAGAUUGGAAUCCUAGUUUGGGCCUACGACAUGUUCUCAUGGUGGUAAGGUGUUUACUGAUCGAGCCAUUUCCAGAAUCUGCGUUAAAUGAGCAAGCUGGUAAAAUGCUGCUUGAUAAUUAUGACGAGUAUGCUAGACAUGCAAGGCUUUAUACCAGUAUUCAUGCUAAACCAAAGCCUAAGUUAAAAACAGGAGUUAUUUCCGAGUCGACUACAGCCCUAAAUGUUGGCCAGACAAAUACUUCACUGUGUAACGUUGAUCAGAAGACUGCAAUAUCUGGAGUUACGCCUCUCCAACAGCCUUCUCCAUUAGCCCCUACAGUUAACAUUGUAAAAGGUGGAAACAGUCUAGACCAGCCACUAGCUCCCGGUUCAACUGCGGACACAGCGGUUAGUGGAUCAGCAGCACCACCAUUGGUAACCCUGAAGAAGGAAGCUGGAUUGCAUAAACUCCCUGCAGAUAAAAAGAAGAUUGAUGCAAGAAAGAAAAGCUUGAAGAGAUUAUAAACUUGUUUUAAGGGGGGACUAAAUCUUCUUUUCUCUUGGUUGCUUUUAUUUGAUAGAUGAAAACAGUUCUGCAGAACUGAGCUUGUAUUAUGUCCUGAUAAAUGAAAUGGACUAUUUGAGUUGUUCCUUUCAA